AUGGACCUCGAGGCCAUGAGUAGGUAUACCAGCCCGGUGAACCCGGCUGUCUUCCCACACCUGACUGUGGUACUUCUGGCCAUCAGUAUGUUUUUUACCGCCUGCUUCUUUGUUUACGAGGUCACCUCCACCAAGUACACAUGCAACAUUUACAAAAAGCUCCUCAUCAACUUGGUAGCCUCAUUCUUCAUGGGCUUUGGAAUCUUCUUCCUUCUGCUCUGGGUUGGCACAUACGUAUGA